AUGCCGCCCCGGCCGGCCUUGAACCUAGACCCAGCCACUAGAGCUUGGGCCCCAGCCCCCGCCCCAGCGCCCCGCCUCCUCGCCAUGCGUGGGAAGCUACUGCCGCUGGCCGGCCUUUACCUGGUGCAGGGCCUGCCCUAUGGGCUGCAGUCUGGGCUGCUGCCCGUGCUGCUGCGGGCCCGCGGCCUCUCCCUGACACGCGUGGGACUGGCCAAGGCGCUGUACGCACCGUGGCUGUUCAAGCUUGUGUGGGCCCCGCUGGUGGACACUCGGGGCUCCCCAAGGGCCUGGCUGACGCUCAGCACAGCUGCUCUGGGCCUGGUGUGUGGGCUACUGGCAUCCCACCCUCCUGCCACAGCUGGUCAGGCCGGGCUGCCUGUCACGGUGGCGGGGCUGCUUCUGCUGCUGAAUCUGGCUGCAGCUGUGCAGGAUGUGGCCCUGGACAUGCUGGCUGUGCGGCUCCUGGAGCCCGCAGAGCUGGGACCUGGCAACACUGUGCAGGUGGUCGCGUACAAGCUGGGGGCGGUGCUGGCUGGGGGUGGGCUGCUGGCCUUGGUGCCCACCCUCUCCUGGCCCCUGCUCUUUCUGCUCCUGGCUGCCACUUAUUGGUUGGCUGCUGCCUUGACCUGGGUGGCACCAGCCCUGCGACAGCUUCCCCCACCUCUGCCCUCAGAACACCCCCGACACACCCUGCACCUUGGGCAGGACUUGCUGGCCGUGCCUGGGACCCUGUGGACAGUGGGCUUCGUGCUCACCUACAAGCUGGGUGAGCAGGGCACCAGCGCCCUGUUCCCACUGCUCUUGCUGGACUGCGGCAUCUCUACCCCAGAGCUGGGGCUGUGGAAUGGUGUGGGCGCUGUGGCCUGCUCCAUUGCCGGCUCAUCCCUGGGUGGGGCCCUCCUGGCCAGGCGCCGGCAGCCACUGCCCCUGUUGAAGUCAGCGCUUCAGUUCCGUCUUGGUGGCCUGGCCUGCCAGACUGCCCUGCUCUUUCACCUGGACAGCCCUGGGGCCAGCCUGGCCCCCAGCACAGUCCUGAGAGGGGCAGCCCUGCUGAGCCUGUGUCUGCAGCACUUCCUGGGGGGCCUGGUCACAACCACCACCUUCACCCUGAUGAUGCGCUGCAGCCAGCUGGCACCAAGUGCCCUGCAGGCCACACACUACAGUCUCCUGGCCACUCUGGAGCUGCUGGGGAAGCUGCUGAUGGGCACGCUGGCUGGAGCCCUGGCUGACAGCCUGGGGCCAUGUCUCUGCUUCUUUGUCUUCCUCGCUCUCUCAGCCGCACCCAUGCUGUACCUGGGCCUUGUACCCAACACCCUGGCCUGAACUGGGUGGCCAGACUUAUCAAUAAAGUGGAGCGUGCCUUUG